AUGGAGGACUACGACAAGUUUGUGCAGCAUCGUCUCUCCCAUCUGAGGAUCUGUGAGGAGGAAGACAACAGACCUCCACCUUCAUCCUCUCUCAUCUACUUCUAUGGACGCCCCAUCCUUCCUCCCCUGCUCUCAGGAGAGCAGAGAGAGGAGAUGCAGCGACACAGAGAUGCAGCACAAAAAGCUUCUGUCCACAGGAAGCUGAAGGAUGAUUCAAGACUGGCCCACGUGCAAACUAUCCUGCACAGUGUUCAGCUGAGGAAGACGCCAACACUGGAGGAGUUGCUCCAAGAGUCAGAGACUACCACAAAAUAUUCAUAUUCCCAUAACAGCAGUGGUGGAUCAGUGUCGCAGAGCAAGUUUUCCUUGGAAACAAAGGAUAGUCUUUCUUGCUCACCAACACCCGGAACAAAAGAUAAAGACGGUGUUUCUCUCCCUCCGUUGACAUCCACUACAUAUAGUGCCUACUUUGCAUCUGAUGUGACACGUCAGCAAAGUUACCAGGAAGAAUGCCUUAAUGACCAACAUGACAGCCAACAGGGAUCACAGCCAAGCCACCAGUCUGUGUCUUCAGGUUACGUGACCUACCAGAAUGCUGAAAACACCACCAGUGUCUCUGGAAGGAUUGAUGCGGAGGGAGAAAGCCGUGACUUUGUCUCCUCGGAGGGAGCUUAUAAUAACAGUACGGGUGGCUUUUUCCUUCACAACACCUCAAACACAAUCGCCAAGAUGCCGGAUAUUAUUAGCCACCCUCCAAUAGAUGGAGAAGAAUUGGAAAGGAGUGGACUGGAGUCAUCUUUUGGUAAUGACUUUAUUUUAGUAAAAGACAAUAAUUGUACCUUGCUCGAGGUGGAUUCAGUCAUAUGUGACCAUUUACCAGCAGAGAAGUGUGAAAGCAGUCUGGACAGCAUGGAGGGUGGAGGUAACCCUCCCUUUACCACACUACUUGACCUUGAUGAAGAUCACAGUUUGGACAGAAUUGAGAGCCCAAUAUCUUCAUCUGAAAACAGUGGCCUUUGUGAAAACCCAGAGUUAUCACAGAUAUUAAAAGCUCAUCACAGUCCAACAACAGAGCUGCAAAUUCAGCACGACACCUCAGAAUCGGAAGCAGAACCAGCGGAGAGCCACGCAGACGAAGGAACGCCAUCUGAGGAGCCUUAUCGUCUGAGCCUCCAGGCCUUGCUGAAGAAAUCUCAGGAGUAUCGGCGGCGCCAGCGCAUGCUUAGGAACCAAGCCAAAAACACUAAAAUUCAGGAGAGGACGCAAGAACAGACGAGAGCAAGGGCGGAGGAGGAGCACAGCCUCUCUGAUAAGGAGAAUGACGAGUUCCCUUACAAGGGGACUGUGACCGCAGAAGGGAGGAAAAAUAAAGAGAGAAAGGGCAAUUUUAUCUCUUCUGUGGCAACGUUGCCGAGGAAAUCCUGGGAAAACGGGAGCGUGAUUGAGAGGGAGUUUGUUGGAGAAAACUUUAAGUCUGAACAUUUAACAGAAGAUGGAAAUAAUAAGGACAUUUCCAGUGUUGAGGAGGAAACGAUCUUCAAAAACAAUAAGCUUAAUAUUUCACCAGAGGUCAUAACAGAGCCGAGACAAAUCAGCACAUUCCCCCAGCAACAGCCCACGUCGCCUGUUCAAGAAGCCUUUUUCUUGACCACCUGUCCUGCCGCUAUUUAUAAUAAAGUAGGGAAAUAUAACACUAUCCCAGCACCUUAUUUCUGUAGGAGCCCUGUGCACUGCAAAAGCAAAGGCAGCAUUCAUGAGGGAGAAACUCUUAAUGGGGCAGAAACCUUAGAAAAGAUACUCGCUCCUGGUUUGAAUGAAGGCCACGUGGUUGGAGAAGUGGAUUUGGGACAUCCAAACAGUCCCACAGUGGUCCCUUCCACUGUGAAUCUCUUGGUUGAAGGUGAUGCCAAGAGUUCACAGCAAAUAGAUCAGCUGGAGUCCAACCUGUCCAGUUUGAAAGUAGUAAUCUUGGAUCUGGAGUCCACACUGACAGAAAACUUGAAGAAUCACAGCAAAACUGAGAGCAACACUCAAAAUGAGCUCAGUUCUAAAGGCACCGAGCACUCUCUUCAAAGUCAUCGUGACUAUUUUGAGGGCAAACAGAGGAGUGAUGAUGAUGAGCAAGACCAAAGGAACAGAGAGUGGCAGGGAAGACAAUUAUUAGACAAUUUCAAGAACACACAGGCAGAUACAGGACCUGAACCAAGCAUCAGUGACACAGACCAGGGAAAGAAAGCUGAUGAAAUAAAGGUCAGUGAGCCCAGGCUGGUCCAAACCUCAGCUACAGACAGAGUAAAGGAACAAGUGGAGUGUAAAGAAGGACUUGCUCAGAGCUUGGGACAGCAUGGCGGCUGUAGAAAGCCCACAGCUAAAUGCGUCCUCUCUGUAACGCAGCAGCUGAGAAUCCCCGACGUUUUCAGAACGGCUCCAUCUGUAACCACGGCUGAACGUAACAUCUCUGUGCUGUCGGACACCAGUAACCGUCCAGUGGAAAGUAGGAACGAGGCAGCUGCAGAAACUCACAACUCUACCCGCUCGCCGUCUCUCAACCAGUCGUAUGAUGUGGACGCACCAUCGGGGCUGUGGCUCCUCGACGGGUCGGGGUCCGACCUGGGCUCAAAAGGUCACUACCUUCAGGAGAAACAUCAUCUGACUCCAGAGAGUGGCGGUGAAGACCAGGGUGGGGUCUCUAAAGUCAAACGGAGGCUGCUCAUGCACACGACGGGGGAGACGAGGGAACGGAGAGCGCCAGUCAGACCCAACGCCAGCACCCCGACAGCUGCAGCGCGGUGGUACGAAGGCCACGGCAAUCAAGAAGACAAGCAGGAACAACUGAAACAGGCUCACGCUGCUCAGGUCAGAGCGCUGCAGGAGGAGCACAGGAGACAACAGGAGGAGCUGCUGCAGGCUCUGGCAGAGCGUUACCGUCUCCUCCAGAGCGUGUCCUUCCCUUGCUCCAUGUCAAGCUCACGUCUUGGGGACACGUUGACCUUUCCCACUCUCUCUCAGCCCCUCAGCCCACUGUCAGAGCGCUACCGCCCCCUGCUGGCAGCAGCCGUGAAAGGUUUCCUCGCUCGCCGCCUGCUGAAGACGGAGAGAGUGGCGCAGCUGGUGCGCACCGUCAGGGACACACACCAGUUCCUGCAGGCCCUCCAGCAGCAUCAGAGUCCUGGAAGAGGCGAGCUGUGCAGCAGACAGGACCUUUUACUGCAGGAGCGAGUCACCCUGCAGCUGCGCGCCGCGCGUUAUGAGGUCCACGACGUAUUCUUCAGCCUGUCAGCCGGAGAGAAGAUGCAGCUGAUCAGCUGGGACAGAGAGCUGGUCAGGGAGAGGGAGCUCAAACGACAGAGUGGGCACACCGGCCAUCCCAGAGGAAAGAGUUCUCUGUCAGCUGCCACGCAGAAAUCACUGGAGAGGAAGAGAGGAAUGAUGAUCCAGAAAAAGACGGCAGAAAGGCACACGGGAGUAGUGACGAGGAUCGGACACAAUACUGGAUUCUGUGCCAAGCAGCCGGUGGGAACCAAGCGAGGGCAGUUCAGAGCAAAUCCUCAGAGGGUCCCCAAAAGCACUUACUCCUCGAGACCCCGAUGA